UUUACAAGCAUUUUCCCCUCUUGUUUGAUACCAAACUGAAUUCCUUUCCGUGUUGGUGUUAACACCAGGAAGUUAUCAAUCUGUAUUGUGUAAAUUGAUGAAAUUGUUUUCGUCUUGGACUUCGCUUCAAUCAGGUUAAUUCAUACGCAACACAAUACGCCUCCUUACUUGCCGUUGUACACGAAAUACUGAGUAGGCGAUGAGGCAAAUCAUUUGCCUCCGAGUUGUCAGUACAGUUCUGAAAUCCACGAUGAGAAGUCAUACGUUCUUUGAUUCCUUGGGCUCGGCCAGCAUCAUGGCCCGAAUCCUUGAUGGCAAGGGGCUUGCCAAGGACAUCCGCAAUGAAUUAAAAAUCAAGAUCCAUAAUUGGAUGCAACAAGGCCACCGCGCGCCAACCUUGAGAUGCAUUAUAGUGGGAGAUGACCCGGCCAGCCAUACUUAUGUUAAGAACAAGAUCCAGGCUGCGACAGAUGUAGGCAUUCAGGCUGAAACAAUAAGAUAUGAAGCCAAUAUGACUGAGGAGGAUCUUCUGUCAGCUAUUGAUGAAUUGAAUGCAAGCUCUGAAGUUGAUGGCAUUUUAGUCCAACUGCCGUUGCCCGGAGGCAUUGAUGAGAGGAAGGUGUGCAAUGCUGUGGCUCCGGAGAAGGAUGUGGACGGCUUCCAUAUUGUCAAUGUUGGGCAGCUGUGCCUGGACAUGCCAACUAUUGUUCCUGCCACUGCUUUGGCUGUUGUGGAAAUGUUGAAAAGAUUCAAAAUUGACACCUUUGGCCGUAAUGCAGUAGUGGUAGGCCGCUCGAAGAAUGUUGGCAUGCCAAUCGCCAUGAUGUUGCACAGCGACAUGAGUCAUGACAGUGGCCUCGGCAUGGAUGCCACGGUCACCAUCUGCCAUCGGUACACGCCUAAAGAGAAGCUGGAGUUCUACUGCCGGAAUGCUGACAUUAUUAUCACAGCGACAGGUGUUCCAAAAUUAAUCAAAGCAGACAUGGUGAAGCCUGGAGCUACAGUCAUUGACGUGGGCAUCGUUAGAGUCACUGACGAUGAAGGGAGGACCAGACUCGUCGGCGAUGUCGACUAUGAUGAGGUGAGCAAAGUGGCCGGCGCCAUAACGCCCGUGCCCGGCGGCGUGGGCCCCAUGACCGUGGCCAUGCUCAUGCAUAACACUUUCCAAGCUGCCCAGAGACUGCGAGAUGCCGAGAUGAUGCAAUAAACAAGUAAAACACUAUCUUACUAGUAAAGUUUAAUAGACAUCUUGUGGACAUUUUUCAUUUGUACAAGGCCAGCCAAUAAUUAUGUACCUACUUUUCGUUGUUGUUGAGAAAUGUUUAACUCCCAGUUUUUUUGUAGCCAUCUGAUUUGCUCCUUUUAAUAAUGGUUUCUUCAUAAUAUAUCUUUUUAAAUAUCUUUCAAAUAAAAUUGGUCAAGCAGAUCUUGUCAGUAGAAAAAGGCGGCAAAUUUGAGAAAUGUAGGUGCGAAAAGAUAUCGUCGUAUCGAAGCGCUGGUGGCCUAGCGGUAAGAGCGUGCGACUUGCAAUCUGGAGGUCGCGGGUUCAAACCCCGGCUCGUACCAAUGAGUUUUUCGGAACUUAAGUACAAAAUAUCAUUUGAUAUUUACCAGUCGCUUUUCGGUGAAGGAAAACAUCGUGAGGAAACCGAACUAAUCCCAAUAAGGCCUAGUUUACCCUCUGGGUUGGAAGGUCAGAUGGCAGUCGCUUUCGUAAAAACUAGUGCCUACGUCAAAUCAUGGGAUUAGUUGUCAAGCGGACCCCAGGCUCCCAUGAGCCGUGGCAGAAUGCCGGGAUAACGCGAGGAAGAAGAGAAAAUUAGAAUUUUGCGCCUUUUUCUAUUGUCAAGAUCUGCUUGACCAACUAUAUAUGUAAUUUUAUUGGCUGGUAAGUUUACUGUAUGAAAUACGUUUUUUUAGGAUUUUAAGUUUAAAAAUUAAGUUAUUUUAAACUAAAAUAUGUUAAUUUGUUAUCACUUUUAACAGUGAGGUGAGGACACAUAUUUUGUAAUUGGUUAUGUUUAUUGGAUAUUAUUUAAGAAUCUCUAAAUUGAAUGGACGUCUCUUCUACUUCUUACCACAGUGCCUUACUUAGUUAUAAUGCGAUUUUGAAAAGUAUUAUAUAGGUUAUUAUAAUUUAAAUAUACCUUAAUGAAGUAGCUAUUUGACUAGGUUAAUGCAAAGUAUAAAUAUUAUUUUAGUUAUUAAAAUGUAAUCAGCUGAUUGUUUUUCAAAUCAACACAUUCCUUGUUAUAUUAUUGGUUAAUCUUAAGCAGAACCGUUGUAAAAUUCAGAUAUGUAGUUAUUUUUUGACCAGACUCACUGUUAUCUGUCCUUUAACUUAUGAAGCCCAAGGAAGCCAAUGUUUUAACUUAUUGACGCCUAUGCGCGUCACGGUCCAUAAGUCUGAUAAUUAAUGUCAUUAACGACUGUAAUUUCCACAUUUCAUUUACCUAUUCCAUAAUGGCUGUGAUAAUUUGAUUAAUCAAUUUUGUCAUCUGUUCCAUCAUAGUAUCAAUACAUGUUGUUGACUAUAAAUUAUAUUGAGUUAAUAUAUUAUGAUAAAUAAACUAUUAUAAUUAA